AUGAGCCAGGCAGCCAAGGGCGAGCCCCCGCCCGGGGCCGGCAUGGCACAGGAGGGGCCGCCCGCCUUCUACCCCGGCCAGGAGCUCGACCUGUCCACCAAGGUGUACAAGAGGGAGUCAGGGAGCCCCUUCUCGGUGCUGGUGGACAGCAAAGUGAGCAAAGGGCACCUCCACGAGAGGGAGGAGCAGCCGUUUUUCAGGGAGAGCAGAGCGGUAGGAGAGGUCCGGGCUGUGAAAGAAGACAGGGAAAACUCUGACGACUCUGAGGAGGAGGAGGAGGAAGAGGAGGAAGAUGAAGUGACUUACAAAAGGGAGCAGAUUAUAGUGGAGGUAAACCUUAACAACCAAACCUUAAAUGUGUCCAAAGGGGAGAAGGGUGUCCCCUCCCAAUCCAAAGAGACCGCUGUCCUUAAGAGCAGCAGCGAGGAAGAGGAGGAGGGCGACAGUGGGGAAGAGGCCACGGAAGACAGUAACGAUUACGAGGAGAACGAGAGGCAGAAGAAAAAGGAGAAGAGAGUGGAGAAGGUGAGCGUGGGCCAGAGGAGAAGCAGGAGAGCCGCCUCUGCCGCGGCCGCCGCCGCCUCCCCGGCGCCCAGAGCCACGCGCGGCCGCAGGAAAAGCUCCGAGCCCCCCAAGCGGAAAAAGAAAACCGCAAAGGAGCCCAAGGCGGCCGUGCAGAAAUCCAAGUGUGAGGAGAAGGAGACUCUGACCUGUGAGAAGUGCCCCAGGGUGUUCAACACGCGCUGGUACCUGGAGAAGCACAUGAACGUCACCCACAGGCGGAUGCAGAUCUGCGACAAAUGCGGGAAGAAGUUUGUGCUAGAGAGUGAGCUGUCCCUGCACCAGCAAACUGACUGUGAAAAAAACAUCCAGUGCGUGUCCUGCAACAAAUCCUUCAAGAAGCUCUGGUCCCUCCACGAGCACAUCAAGAUCGUGCACGGCUACGCCGAGAAGAAAUUCUCGUGUGAGAUCUGCGAGAAGAAGUUCUACACCAUGGCCCACGUGCGGAAACACAUGGUUGCCCACACCAAGGACAUGCCCUUCACCUGCGAGACCUGCGGCAAGUCCUUCAAGCGCAGCAUGUCCCUCAAGGUGCACUCCCUGCAGCACUCGGGGGAAAAACCCUUCAGGUGUGAGAACUGCGACGAGAGGUUCCAGUACAAGUACCAGCUGCGUUCCCACAUGAGCAUCCACAUCGGGCACAAGCAGUUCAUGUGCCAGUGGUGUGGCAAGGACUUCAACAUGAAGCAGUAUUUCGAUGAGCACAUGAAAACCCACACUGGAGAGAAGCCUUUCAUCUGCGAGAUCUGCGGCAAGAGCUUCACCAGCCGGCCCAACAUGAAGCGGCACCGGCGGACGCACACGGGCGAGAAGCCGUACCCGUGCGACGUCUGCGGCCAGCGCUUCCGCUUCUCCAACAUGCUCAAGGCCCACAAGGAGAAAUGUUUCCGUGUCACCAGCCCCGGCACCAGCCCCGGCACCGCCGGCACCGCCUCCCUGCUGCCCGGCCCCUGCCCGGCCCCUCCUGCCGCGGGCAGCGCGCUGGGGCUGGGCCCGGCCGUGCCCUCCCGGCCCGUCCCUCACCCCUACGGCCCCCUGGCCCUGCAGCCCCACGGCCACCACCCCCAACACGGCCACCACCCCCAGCACCUGCCCGUGCCCCCCGUGCCGCACCUGCCCCCGCCGCCCGCCCUGUUCAAGAGCGAGCCCCUGAACCACCGCGGGCACGGCCACGGGCACGGCGGCACCGAGGGCUUCCUGCGGCACCUGGACAAGGGCGGCCCCGCACAGCCCCACUGACACGGGCUGCGA